AAACUAACGAAGCCCACUCUCCGACUCAAAGCUUUACCUUUCUUUCGAAACCCACUAUCUUCGUUCCAAAAAAAAAAAAAUCUCCGUAUGAGCUUUUCGUACUACUGACGGCGUCUGCGAUGGGGAUCGAUUUCAAGGAAGGAUGUAAGAGCAAUGAGACGAAGCACAUGGCUUCGAAUUCCAACUCCAUGAAAUCUAGUAUCUAUCUCAAGCAAUGUGACAAUCUUUACCAAUUUCAUGUGAGGAGAUGUAGGAGCAGCUUGAAUGUAUCAAAGAGGUUGUUCGUGAGCAAUAUCAACAAGCAUCCACGUUCCCUCUCCAGGAUCGUUCGAUUCGAUUUGACGCUGAGCCCACCUCCUGGUAUGACACACAGCCACUCUAAACCCUUUGUCUGGUCGAAGGGAAGGAAGUUUUGGAAAGCUAUAGGCAGGAGGAACAACAGGGGUUUUAGGGCUUAA